UUGGGAGAAAAAAGUUUGGUAAUACAGUCUCAGGUUUUUAAUAGGUAGGGAUCCCAGAAGCAGGAAUAAAAGGAGUGAGGUUUAUAUGGAGUGGGGCUGACUUAUCCACCUGAUCAAAAUUAAGGUACAUGAGAGAUCCAGGGCUUGUAGAGACAAUUCACAAGAAGUGGCUGAAUCUCACACACUUUUGGAAAGAGUGGAAUUUCAAGGUAUUAAAUUUUAGAGAAAUGGCUUUCAUUCGUUUGGAUGUCAGAUGCCUAUAUGCCAUUCUUAUUUGCACAGCAUUUGGCUCUACUUUGUCUUCAAACACUGAGAUAAAAGUUAAUCCUCCUGAGGAUUUUGAGAUAGUGGAUCCUGGAUAUUUAGGUUAUCUCUAUUUGCAAUGGCAACCUCCACUGUUUCUGGAUAAUUGUGAGGAACACACAGUAGAAUAUGAAUUAAAAUACCGAAACAUUGAUAGUGAAAACUGGAGGACCAUCAUCACUAAGAAUCUCCUUUACAAAGACGGGUUUGAUCUUAACAAAGGCGUUGAAGCAAAGAUACAUACAGUUCUACAAGGGCAAUGUACAAAUGGAUCUGAAGUUCAGAGUUCAUGGUCAGAAGCUAGUUAUUGGACAUCACCUCAAGGAAAUCUGGAAACUAAAAUUCAGGAUAUGGAUUGUAUAUAUUACAACUGGCAAUAUUUACUGUGCUCUUGGAAACUUGGCAUGGAUGUCAACUUUGAUACCAAUUACUACUUGUUUUACUGGUAUGAGGGCUUGGACCAUGCCUUACAGUGUUCUGAUUACAUUGAAGAUAAUGGGAAAAAUAUUGGAUGCAAGUUUUCCUAUUUGGAGGAACCAGACUAUAAAAAUUUCUACAUCUGUGUUAAUGGAUCAUCAAAAUCCCAGCUUAUCAGACCCAGCUAUUUCAUUUUACAGCUUCAAAAUAUAGUUAAACCUUUGCCACCAGACUAUCUUAAUAUUAUUGUGAAGAAGUCAGAGGAUAUUAACCUGGAAUGGAACAUACCUGAAGGACCCAUUCCAGCAAAUUGUUUCAUUUAUGAAAUUAAGUUCACAGAAGAUAAUACUACCUGGAUGGCUACCACAUUUGAAAAUGAAAUGUAUGUCACAAGAACAUCAAAUGACAGCCAAGAAAUAUGCUUUUUAGUGAGAAGCAAAAUGAAUGUUUAUUGCACAGAUGAUGGAAUUUGGAGUGAAUGGAGUGAAAUAGAAUGCUGGAGAGGUGUCCGGCAGGAGGAAAUCUUAGCUUUCUUGAUACCAUUUGCUUUUAUCUUAUUUUUAAUUUUGGUAAUAACUUGUCUGCUUGUGUCUAAGCAAAAAGCUUUACAGAAAAUGAUUUUGCAGAAAACACAAGAAGUUUUUCCUCGUCAAGAGACAAUCUGUUGACUCAGUCAUUUCGUCUUAUGCCAAAUGUUAACAAUGAGUCUUAUUGAACUGAAUUUUCUCUACAAGUGUUGAAUAAAUCUGAUUAUAAAGGCAUUGUUGUAUUUAAGUAUUUAGAGCAUUCAAAGCCUCAACUAGCAGUAAAUUUUCUAGAUACUGUGUACAUGGUUUUUCCUUAUUAAUCCAUGGUGAGAUUGCUGCACAUACAGAAGUCAAGGGAUGGGCCAGAUUCUAUUCAGUGAUGUAUUAAAUGUUAGCAGCAGACAUACGGCACCAGGCAUUAACCUCAGUUCUUGAGUUCUGGCUAAGAAGAAAGAAUUCAGAACCAAGAUUCAAAUUAUAACAGAAAGUUUAGAGUAUCACAGGAGUAGUAGAAGGGCCUUUGGCACUUAGGAGAAAGAGGGAGAGAUAAGAGCUUUGGAUAUGCCCCAGAAAAGAGAGAGAGUGCCCGUGUCCUGAGGAAGAUGGGGGUGAGGAACCACAGGGUAUGUUCCAUAGAGAGAGCCAUGCUGGACCUUCAUCCUCAGGGCUUUUAUUUGAGGUCUCAGUGGAGGAUCUCAAUAGAAUAAUCAUCAGCUUUCCAGGAGUGUCCCUCAAGUCUUUGCCUCCACUGAUUGGGUGGCACUAGGGGAGGGGAUCAUUAGUCAAUGAAGCUGGUCCUGGUGUCAGCCACAGCAACUCUCCCCCUGGUUUUGCUGCUUUACUGGGCCUGGAGCUGAAACAGAGCUGAGGCCUGGAUAUCAUCUCCAGUGGUUAAUGCUUGAGGGAGUGGUUGCCCGUUGCUAGGCACCCAG